AUGCGCCACCAUCUCCUAGCGAAGUUAACCGGGGGAGAGCUGCUUUGUGAGCUCUUAGCUAGUCACAACGUUGACCAUGUUUUCGGCUAUCCUGGCGGCGCAGUCCUUCCUCUCUUUGAUGCCAUGUUCAAGAGUAGCCUCUUUCACUUCAUUCUCGCACAUCACGAACAAGGUGCCUGUCAUAUGGCCGAAGGAUUCGCCAGCGCCAGUUUGAAGCCUGGAGUUGUUAUGGUCACAUCAGGCCCAGGAAGUUCCAACCUCGUCACACCCAUGCUCAAUGCUCUUUUGGAUGGUACGCCGAUGGUUGUGAUCUGCGGUCAGGUGUCGACCACUGUCCGAGGAACGAGCGCAUUCCAGGAGAUUGACAUUAUGGAAAUUGCUCGAACAUGUACAAAGUGGUCUGCUUGUGUCGAGAGAGUUGGUGAUUUGCCGAAAAUUAUGAAAGAGGCAUUUCACCAAGCGACCUUCAAAAGACCCGGGCCUGUUCUUGUUGCUGUUCCGAUGGAUAUUGGAACAGCGGUCGUUCAUGAAGUUUCAAAUGCAGACUCUCUGUCGAGACCAUUGAGAAGUGAAGAGUACGCGGGACUUGGUGUACCAGCCAAUAUCGAUAACCGUCCGAGCUUACAGCAUCAAAUCGACCAAAUCGCGAAAAUGGUCAAGAAUUCUCAGCGCCCUGUCAUUUGUGCUGGCCACGGAGUGAAUACAAGUGAAGCUGGACCAGAAGUGUUGUCCCGUAUCGCAGAAAAGAGCAAGAUACCCGUCAUGACAACACUGCUUGGACUGGGAUGCUUUGACGAGUCUCAUGAUCUGGCCUUACACAUGGUAGGCACAUAUGGAGCACCAUAUGCAAACUAUGCCAUUCAAAAGGCGGACUUGAUCCUAGUACUUGGGGCUCGCCUAGACGAUAGAGUUGUAGGUGAGCCAGCCGGAUUUGCUCCCAAAGCCAAGGAGGCAGGCCAACUUGGACGGGGGGGAAUCGUCCACUUUGACUUAAAUCCCAGCACCGUGGGAAAGAUUAUCGAGCCAACGCAAAUCAUAAUCGGGGAUCUUUCCGAGUCAUUGCCAAUUCUACUUGGUUGUUUGAAUGAGCAACAGAGUCGAGACGAGUGGCUAGAUCAAAUCCAACAGUGGAAGAAACAACAUGCAUUCCAAGUUCCACAGACGAGUCGACAGAGCCGUGCCACGCCUCAGCAAGCCAUUACAGAGCUAUAUCUGCAGACUUCGUUAUCCAAAAACUGCACUACGCUGACCACAGGCGUGGGGCAGCAUCAAAUGUGGGCUGCGCAACGUUAUCGCUACAAGACGCCGUGCUCUUUUAUUACAUCCGGCUCACUGGGAACCAUGGGAUUUGGACUUCCUGCUGCAAUUGGAGCUCAAAUUGCCCGACCAGAUCACACAGUGAUUGAUAUAGAUGGCGAUGCGUCGUUUUGUAUGACCAUGGAGGAGCUUCUCACUGCGUCGCAGUAUAAUAUCCCGAUAAAAGUGGUAAUUUUCAACAACAACACACAAGGGAUGAUUGCGCAAAUUCAGCGGUCCGGAUAUGGUGGCCGUGUCUGUUACAAUUGCCAGGCCAAUCCAGACUUUGUCCAGUUGGCUCAUGCAAUGGGAUGUGAGAGUCAGCGAUGCAGAAGCUUGGGCGAGCUUCGAGGUUGUAUUCGGUGGCUACUAGAGCGUCGGAAGCCGGCAUUGCUGGAUAUUUUGAUGGAUGAAGCAGAGAUGCUUCCCAUUGUGCCAAAUGGGAAGGCCCUAGACCUUAUCAGCUUGGAAAAAUGCUCUAGGGGGUAG